AUGCGUUUUCGACUGAUAUUUGGCAAACUUUGGAUUUUGGCGCUGGUCUUUGUGUCGGGUCUGUCUUCCGUGAAGUGCGAGGAGGAUGUUGGACUUUAUGGAGACCAUGUGAUACCAAAAUCUCUGUUGGAUUUCACUGUCACCAAUCUUCUACUAGCAUCAGAUGUGGAGGGAAAUAUCCAUGCUUUAAAUAGAGUCACCGGAGAAGUGGUAUGGUCGUUCUUAGGACCAAGACCGUUGGUCGAAGUGAGCGAAAGUGUCGACCAAAAUUCCACUGUUGUGGACUCUUCCAUCGCCACACCAUUUUCUGCAUGGAUGGUGGAGCCUUUCAAUGAAGGGUCUAUUUACUAUUUCACCCAAGAAACUGGUCUACAGAAACUUCCAACGUCGGUACAACAGCUGGUUUCGAAAUCUCCGUUCUCUAUCGGAGACGACUUUAUCUAUACGGGAGCCAAAAGAACCGGAAUUGUCCGUAUCGACGCACGCACCGGAGACCUCAUAGACUCCUACGGGAUCUCCGAAACAUCUCAAAUGUGUCCGUUAGAAGACCACACAGAUGCCUCGCAACCAGUCAUAAUCUUGGGCACAACCACAUACGAACUCAGCAUCCACUCAAAAAAUAGCACGGUAUGGAAUAUUACAUACACAUCCUGGGGACUCAACAACUUGCAUACAAAUUUGGCUACCGAAAACAUACAAAGUAUGGAUGGACUUUACAUUCAGCCAUUCCACGAUAACUCUCUUCUGGCUUUGGACGCAGACACAAAGUCUGUCAGAUGGGUUUCCAAUCUACCUUUUGUCACUGUCAAUGUUUUUGACGUUUUUCUCGAGGACGGAAAUAACAACAAUUUCAUUGUCCUUCCGCACCCAUUGAAGAGCAAUAACGCAAGUUCUGGAGAUUCAACCUUUGUUGAUCGAACCAAAAACGGGUCCUGGUUUGCCAUGAGCGAGACAAACUACCCAUCUUUGGUCAAAUCGGCUCCAAUCGCAGAGUAUAUUUCCAGCAAAGUGUGGAGAUCUCCCACUAACAACGAGGAUGUCAGUUCUCUUGAAUUGGCUAUCUGUGGAGUGCACGACCAGUCUCUCAGCGACCCUCCAGAGAGAUUCGAACUAUCAAGAACCAAACUUCCAUCAUCUCUCCCGUCAAGAAUAUUUGAUGAUCCACGGAACAGAAUACCCACAAAGUCAAGAAAACGUCGUCCUGAACUGCCUGAUGGCGAAGACUACUUAUCCAUCGAUCCACCGUCGCAGUAUGAGUUUGCUACUUUGCCUUCAACCACUACCAAGUCCACACCAUUGGCCAAAUUGGUUUUAAGAGCAUUCGAGAACGUGUUGAUGACUCUCUUGGGUGUUUUCUUGCUCGUUGUAUUGUCCAGAAUUGGUGUUUUACCUCCAUUGACACAACUUCUUAGUCGUUUCGGACUUUUCAGACGUACGCAAAACGCUGUCGAGCUUGUGGAUCUGCUGCUGAAAGAUGACGUUGUUGAGCUCGAAAAGAGUUUUAGUCUGAUCAAAAAGGAACGCUUUGGCGACAAUUUGACCGCACAACCUGAAAAGAAAGUCACGAUAGUUGAGGCAGAGAAUAAGAGCGAAAACUCUUCUUCUUCUUCGUACACUUCCAGGAAAACUCUCGAAGACCCUGUUCUGAUUGAAGAUAAGGACGACAAAGAUGACAAAGACGAAAACGCUCAACAGCAGCCGCGUAGACGCAAACGUGGUACCCGUGGUGGUAAGAAGAACAAAAAGAAAGAUGCGCCGCUACCAUUGGAAGACUCGCUGGACACUUCGGCAAACAAGAACGUUGCUAUUGGCCAGGCAAACUCCUCCAUCACGAUCCCAACGUCAACGAGUAACAUGACAAUAUCGAACGAGAUUCUCGGCUAUGGUUCUCAUGGAACAGUUGUUUUCAAAGGAAAUUUCGAAAACCGUCCUGUUGCUGUGAAACGAAUGCUUCUUGACUUUUACGAUGUUGCAUCGCAUGAGAUCAAUCUCCUACAAGAAAGUGACGACCACCCCAAUGUUGUUCGAUACUUUUGCUCUCAGCAAAGCGACAGGUUCUUGUACAUUGCUUUGGAGCUCUGUGGAGCAUCUUUGGAAGAUGUGAUUGAGUUGAAAAAAGACAAUUCAAGCGAGCUUUUAGGGAAGAUGAAACCGGUCAACGUUUUAUGGCAGAUUGCUAAUGGAUUGAACCAUCUUCAUUCUUUGAAAAUUGUUCACAGAGAUAUCAAACCACAAAACAUCUUGGUUGUGCCUCCAAAGAAAGUCGUUGGCAAGUCGGACACUGAUCAUCCGCUUCGAUUACUGAUUUCGGACUUUGGUCUGUGUAAGAAGCUGGAAAACGACCAAUCGUCUUUCCGUGCAACCACUGCUCAUGCUGCUGGAACUUCUGGCUGGCGUGCACCUGAACUCUUGGUGGACGACGCUCUGGAAGAAGCAGACGCCAGUCAAAUACCUAUGCUAAGUGACCGUCGGCUGACUCGAUCAAUUGACAUAUUUUCGGCCGGGUGUGUUUUCUACUACGUUCUUAGUGGUGGACAACACCCAUUUGGUGACAGAUAUUCUCGUGAAAGCAACAUCAUCAAGAACAAGUACAACCUGGACUCGUUGGACACCUUGGACGAUCGGUACGAGGUGCGCGACCUGAUAGAGUCGAUGAUUGACCAGGAGCCGAUGAGCCGUCCUGAUAUGAGCACGAUUUUGAAACACCCAUACUUCUGGUCGGUGGAGAAGAAGCUCGAGUUCUUAUUAAGAGUGUCCGAUCGGUUUGAAAUCGAAAGAAGAGAUCCGCCCUCUGAUCUGUUAUUGACACUCGAAAGUCUUGCUCCGACCAUCUUAGGAAAAGCGGGUUGGUUCAAGAAGUUCAACCCUGCGUUCCUGGAUAACCUGGGGAAAUAUAGGAAAUACCACGAGGACAAGCUGAUGGAUCUGCUACGUGCAUUGCGUAACAAGUACCACCAUUUCCAAGAUCUACCGGAGAAUCUGGCCAAACAGAUGGGUCCAUUACCGGAUGGAUUCUACUACUACUUUGCAGGACGGUUUCCAAACAUGCUGAUGACCAUCUACAGGAUGGUGGAGCAGAACCUCCACGAAGACGAAUAUUUCAGAGCAUUUCUAUAA